AGUUUGAAGUAGGACGCUUGUCUAAAGUGUUUAAAAUCCGACAAUACAUAAACUAACAUUUAAACCACUUGACAGCCCGCCUUAUGCCUUUUAAUAUUAUCUUCAAAAGAUCUACCAUUAUGAAAACGAGAAAUAAACCUUGCCGUGGAUCAUUACGCGCAAUCAAGCAGUGGAAUUAGUUUUCAUUUACAGCGUGAACCUGUGAUUGGUUGGACGGAUGGUUACAGCUCACGCGAAAAAAAGGAACGAGCACUACCAUUAGCACACUUGCGCGUGCACGGUAGCAGACGAUAGUUUUUGAAAGGCAGACGAAAUAUUCUAGGAGACUGAGUGGAUCAUUUCUAUCAAUGAGUUGGAUUAAAUAAACAGCCAUGCUGCUAUAAACAUUAAGACAGCAACUUCAUAUCAAAGUUUGUUUUAAAAAGAGCCCUGGAAAUAAUGUGGAUAUACAUGUCUUAAAGUAUAGGAACAUGACAUCUGAAGGACGGUACAGAUAUAUUUUAAAUGUGGAUAAUAAUGUUUCGUUGAGGUCUAUAUUAACAAUUUGUCGACUCAGUGUCGUAAUAUAUGUCGUAUGCGCGCUGCCUUCGUGUGUGUGCGAGUGUCCGACCGGGGAUCGGGUAGAGCUGCGCGCGCAGGGCUGCUUUCGGGACUACAACCUCCAAAAAGCGUCCGUGGAUCGCAGCGACAGGCGUCUCUUCUCCGGAAUCGAUAUAGAAAUACUCAGAGCUUACUGCAGCACAUACAUCGCGUCGUACAACUGCGUGCACGAGUACCUGCGGGAGUGUCCGGACUCGCGCCCCAGAAUUCAGGCGGCCCUACUCGCCUAUGCGGACGCCCAGGAACUUACAGACCUGUGCCGCACACACAGACUCUAUGAACUGUACGCUCAACACAUGAACUGUUUCACGGACCGGGGUUCCAAGUCCGACUGGUGUUUUGACAAGGAGAUCAACAGUUCCGUCCAGUAUCUCAACCCCGUGUCUCAGGAGGAACUAUGCAGCCGGAUGAUUGCCGUGACGCGGUGUAUCGAGAAUAACAUCCGUCAGGGGUGCGGGGAGCAGGCGGCAGAGAUCGUCCACCUUCUCGUUAAGCCCGUCGUCCGCGGCAGCGGAAAUUGCAACUACCCUAUCUAUGAGCCAACGCAGCAUCCAACCAGGCGACCUGUUCCCAGGGUUACCAAGCAACCGCCGGAUCACGUGACGUCAUCGUCGUCAAGGCAACAGCCGAACUCUGCUACGUCAUCUUACUACAACAGACUUACCAUUUUACUUCCCAUAAUCUUAACAGUUUUACGGCAAAUAUAUACGUUAAUGCCUUCUUGACCCAAUACAAGAUGUGUUUAGUUCCUCUAUCAUAAUCAUAUUGAUUUGCGUGAUGUUCGAAUUUGGCGCAAUUCGAAUUUGGUGCCCAUCUGUUCAUUAGGCUACAUUUACAUGUAUACACCAAAACUUUCAGUAAAGUGCAAUGACUUUGUAACUGCAUAUCAAAAAUGCAGCGUACGAUGGUGUAGCUCAGUACUUUAAACUAUUUAUUCUAGAAUCUUCUGUGUUAGUAUGUCUCAGCUUUGUUUGCGAGGUGUUCUUUUUCUGUACGCAUGAGAAGCCAGAAUCAUACAUUAAACAUGUCCUUUUAAUGGUAAUAUUUCGAUGAUUUUAUUACCAAAAACGAUUGUGUAUCGCUCAAAAUACUUUUGAACAUUUAAAAGAUACUAUCAUUCUCAAUUUAGCCCUGCCUUUUUAUUGCUUUUACAAUGUAGCUGUAAUAAAAUUGCUUAUUAAGCAGAAUAAGGGAGCAUGUAUCAUUGUUUAAUAUGCAAGCUUAUGACAAGCCUUUGUUGCCUUAAAAUAUGAGCAAAAUAUCAAACAAUGUUGACAUUGUUAUGCAUAAGUGAUUUAUGUAAUUAUAAUUAAUUAUGAAAUAAAAUGUUAAGAAC